AUGCGCAGUACUGAAGACCCAGCCUGGUUCCAGCAGCUGCAGAAGGACGCCAGCCCCUUCAGACCCCUCUGCUCCCCACAGGAUGGGAGCCUGGGCACUGGGGGCCCGGUCAUGAGGGACUGCUGCUCUUCCCCAAAGGCCAUCCCCACACCCCCAAAGCAUACCCUUGACCACAGCCUAGGCAUGGACUCCAGAUACAGCAGUCCCAGCGGGGCUGGGGAAGGGGCCUCCUGCUCUGAGAGCUCUGCUGGGAGCUUAGCCUGCCUGUCUCCCACCUGCAACCCUCUUCCAGAGACAGUAAGAGAACAUGGAGCCUUGAUCACAGGAACCUCUGAAAAGACUGCGGUAGGGAAGCCGGAGCCUGUGCCCUCAGCAGACAAUCCUCCUACAGCCCCAGAGAACAGAAAUCCUGUGUUCUUGGAAAAGAUGGAGUCCAUCUCCUUGAAGCAGGCAGAUUCUACUUCCCCAGGAAAGGAAGAGGCUGGGCCCUUGAGAAAGGGAGAGUCCGUGUUGAUGGGAGAGGUAGAGCCUGCAAUCUGUGGAAAGGGGGAGCCGGGGGCCGUUGGGAGGAUGGAUUGUACAGCUCCAAGGAAGGAGGACUCUGUAUCCUUGGAAAGAGUGGAUCCAGUGUGCUCCAGCAAGGUGGAUACAGCGACUCCAGGAGGGGGAAACCCUGGGUCCUCAGGCAAAGUGGAUCCAAGAAAGGAGGACCCCACAUAUUCUGGAAGAGAGAAUCUUGGAUCAACAGGAAAGGGAGAUCUUGUGUCUUUGGGGGAAAAAGAAAUGGAACCCCCAGAAAAGACAGACCCUGCAUCCACAAAAAAGACAGAUUCUGGGUUCUCAGAAAAGCCAACUCCAGGAUCAUCAAGCAAGACAGAACUUGGAUCCUCAGGAACAGUGACUCCUGGGACCAAAAAGGUGAAUCCUGUAUGCUUGGGGAUGGUGGAUCCUGCAGCUGUGGGAAAUACAGAAACUUUGUCCUCAGCAAAAGAGGGCCCUCCCUCCUCAGGAGAGGGAGGGCCUAUGUCUGUGAGAAUGGCGAAAACAGGACCUGCUGGACGGCCAGAAGGUGUGUUUUCCCCCAAGACAGAUCCCACAUCUGUGAACAGCACAGGACCGCCAGGCAGCGUGGACCCUGAUUCCUUAAGAGAUGUGGAACUUGUGUCCUCAGUGAAACCAGAGAUCUUGUCUUCUGGGCAGGCAGAACGUGUGUCACUGGUAAAAACAGAAACCCUAUCCUCAGGAAGAGAGGACCCACGGUCUUCUAGAAGGGUGGACCACACAACUGUCACAGGAACCAUAAAGACAUCUCAAAAAGGGAAUCCCGAGUCUUUGGGAAAGACAGACCCCGUGUCUUCAAGUUCAGCAGAUGCCAAGUCUCUGGGGGCCUGGGGGUCGGUGCCUGCCUCAAAAACUGAGGCAGAGACUGAGGGGAAAGGAGGCCCACUGUCCUUGGAGAAGGCAAGUCCCACAGCCUCGGAGAAGGCCGAGCCCCUCGCUUUCCGCAAGGCAGGCUCCGCAAACCAGGGAAAGGCAGAAACUGUUCCCUCUGAAGAAGUGGGCUCCACGACUGCAGGGAAAGUGGUCCCAACGGCUUCAGGAAAACUAGGUUUGGUGUCCCCGGGGAAGGUGGAUCCCAUGGCCACAGAGCGAGCAGAAGGCAUCCCAGAGGCGAAGGCUCCAGAAAGGAGGAAUCCCGUGAAUUCUGCCAGUGCCUCAGGGAGUGCUGAGCCCAAGCCUGGGGUCAAGGUGGUAACCCCGCUUCCAGGCGCCUCCUCCCCGGGCAAGGUGGAGGCGCCGUCUUCGCAAGAAGGGCAGCCACGGGUGUCUGGGAAGAUGGAUCCGUCAGGAAAAGUCGACCCCACGGUGUCUGUGGAGCCUGUGUCCCUGGGGAAGGCCGAGUCCCCCGGUGCCCUAGUCCUAUUCCCUCUCCUACCCAGUCACUAUGCACAGUUCCCGUAG